UAGUUUCCCUGGGCCUGGAAUCUGGACACGCAGAGCUCCCGCCUCCUCCCCCGACUUCUACGUCCAAAGUCGGGACACUGUCCGACCACCCGUAGAGAAGCCGGAGUGUUUUUGUAAUCAAAUUCAGGUACCUGGGGUCCCUAGACAGAGCCAGACUUUGACCCGGUGUCCUGCUACUGCUGGGGCUGGUUCAGGACGAGGCACACAAGUAGCUGCAUUCAGACCCUGUCCCUCAGAUGUCAUGGAGCUGGAUCUCUCUCCACCUCAUCUCAGCAGCUCCCCAGAAGAACUGUGCCCAGCCCCGGGCACCCCCCCUGGAACUCCCCCACCCCCUGAUGCCCCUUUGCCUGGGGAGGUGAAGAGGUCCCAGCCUCUGCCCAUCCCGACCAGCAGGAAACUCCCAGAGGAGGAGCGGCAGGCAACCUCUCUACCCUCCAUCCCAAACCCCUUCCCUGAGCUCUGCAGCCCUCCCUCACAGACCCCACUUCUUGGAGUGCCCUCCAGUGCAAGGGGUCUGCUACCUCGAGAUGCCAGCUGUCCUCAUGUGGUGAAGGUGUACAGCGAGGAUGGGGCCUGCCGCUCUGUGGAGGUGGUGGCGGGCGCCACGGCUCGCCACGUGUGCGAGAUGCUGGUGCAGCGAGCACACGGCCUGAGCGACGAGCACUGGGGGCUGGUGGAGUGCCACCCCUGCCUGGCACUGGAGCGAGUUCUGGAGGACCAUGAGUCUGUGGUGGAAGUGCAGGCAGCCUGGCCCGUUGGUGGAGACAGCCGCUUCGUCUUCCGGAAAAACUUCGCCAAGUACGAACUAUUCAAGAGCUCCCCACACUCCCUGUUCCCAGAAAAGAUGGUGUCCAGCUGUUUGGAUGCACACACAGGUGUAUCCCACGAAGACCUCAUUCAGAACUUCCUGAAUGCAGGCAGCUUCCCCGAGAUCCAGGGCUUCCUGCAGCUGAGGGGCUCAGGUCGCAAGCUGUGGAAACGCUUCUUCUGCUUCCUGCGCCGGUCUGGCCUCUAUUACUCCACCAAGGGUACCUCCAAGGAUCCAAGGCACCUACAGUAUGUGGCAGAUGUGAACGAGUCCAAUGUGUAUGUGGUGACCCAGGGCCGAAAACUCUACGGGAUGCCCACAGACUUUGGCUUCUGUGUCAAGCCCAACAAGCUUCGAAAUGGCCACAAGGGGCUUCGCAUCUUCUGCAGUGAGGAUGAGCAGAGCCGUACCUGCUGGCUGUCUGCCUUCCGUCUCUUCAAGUACGGGGUGCAGCUGUAUAAGAAUUAUCAGCAGGCCCAGUCGCGCCACCUUCGUCCAUCCUACCUGGGUUCCCCGCCCUUGAGGAGUGUCUCAGAUAAUACCCUGGUGGCCAGAUUCUCCGGCCAUGCUGGGCGAGUCAUCGAGAACCCCCGGGAAGCGCUGAGUGCGGCUCUGGAGGAGGCCCAGGCCUGGAGGAAGAAGACGAACCACCGCCUCAGCCUGCCCACCCCGAGCUCAGGCACAAGCCUCAGUGCAGCCAUCCACCGCACCCAGCCCUGGUUCCAUGGACGCAUUUCCCGUGAGGAGAGCCAGCGGCUCAUUGGGCAGCAGGGCCUGGUGGAUGGCCUGUUCCUGGUCCGGGAGAGUCAGCGAAACCCACAGGGCUUUGUCCUCUCCUUGUGCCACCUGCAGAAAGUCAAGCACUAUCUUAUCCUGCCAAGCGAGGACGAGGGCUGCCUGUACUUCAGCAUGGACGACGGCCAGACCCGCUUCACCGACCUGCUGCAGCUCGUGGAGUUCCACCAGCUGAACCGCGGCAUCCUGCCAUGCCUGCUGCGCCUCUGCUGCACCCGUGUGGCCUUCUGAUGGCCACCCUCGCCCAGGCCUGUCUCAGCUCAGCAUCAGGCGACCCGCCAUACCAACCAAGUGGACUCGGGGGGUGCGGAAGUUGAGGUGGGGUGAUGGACAAUCGAGGGACUUCCCCACUCCAGCUUUCCCGUUUCUUUACCUCUCUCAGGCAGAAGCUGCCCCUGCCCUAUACACCCUCCACCCUUUUCCCCAAGGGGAAGCACUCGGUGGCCCUCUCCCCUUCUGGAGUUCCUGGGGCACUGCUCCGGGGCAGGGCAUUCUGAGAAAAGUGGGGAGAGCCCAGCUGGUCUCGUGCCCUGCACCUCAUACAGACUGAGAGGCCAGUCAGUCUUCUGUGUUUUAUACUUGUGACAAUAAAGAUUAUUUUUUGAUACA